UUAGUUCCUCCCGGAAACAAUGACAGCUUGAGAAAAGUUCCUACUUAUAUCUCUUCAGGCAAAGCUGUUCUACCUGUCUUAGUUUUUUUUUUUACCUGUAAAUUUAGUGCCAGAUACUCAAAUAUAGCAUUUUGCUUUACUGCAUCAUCCAACUAAUCAUCUACCUCUAUCUCAAUAAGUUUACCUCCUUGCAUCAGAGCUGUCAACUUCAGGGGAAGGAUACACUGUGGCAAGUGCAAGCCACACAGAGUGACAAGGCCAGUAGUAAUCAUUACAGCCUGUAAGCUCUUGUACCUGAGGGAAAUCACAUGGAGAAGUUUGUGAGUGAUCAACUGCAGCUCCUGAGUGCUGAGAGAGAAGCUGAGAUAGAAGAAACCAGGGCCUACCAAGAAAAUGUAUCUCUGAAAGAACUGCAGCGCAAGGGUGUUUGCCUCUUAAAGCUACAGGUUGCAAACCAAAGAACUGGAUUAUAUGGACGCCUUAUUGUAACCUUCACACCCAGAAAAUAUGACUCAGACACCGUGCUACCAAGUAACAACUUUGGAUCAGGUGAUAUUGUUGGUCUCUAUGAAUCAACCAGCCCCAGCGAACCUCUUGGCACCGGGAUAGUGGCUGGUAUAACACAGAAGGUUAUUAAUGUGGCUUUUGAUGAGACCCAGAAUGACUUUUUAAACCUGGGAACUGAAACUACUUACAGACUUCUGAAGUUAGCAAAUGAUGUCACAUACAAAAGAAAUAAGAAGGCUCUGUUGACCCUUGGACAGUACCAUUCCGGACCUGCAUCGAGCCUCAUAGAGAUCCUCUUUGGCUCAUCUGAGCCCAGUGGCACACCACUAGCACGCCCUCUGGAGUUUUAUAAUCCUUCCUUGGAUGAGUCACAGAAGGAAGCUGUGGAGUUUUCUCUCUGUCAAAGAGAACUAUCCAUUAUUCAUGGCCCUCCGGGUACCGGUAAAACUACAACUAUUGUGGAAAUUAUCCUCCAAGCUGUGAAGCAAGGACUUAAGGUCCUUUGCUGCGCUCCUUCUAAUGUUGCCGUAGACAAUCUGGUGGAACGUUUGGCUCCAUACAAAGAGAAGAUCCUACGUCUUGGUCACCCUGCACGUCUUCUAGAAUCCUUACAAUAUUACUCUCUUGAUGCUGCAUUGGCUCGCAGUGACAACUCGCAAAUUGUGGCCGAUAUUCGAAAAGAUAUUGACCAAAAUUUUGCAAAAAUGCGAAAGCUGCACCACAAGGAGGAGAAAGGCCGAUUUAAAAGCGAAAUCAAAGCUCUCAGAAAAGAAUUAAAGGAGAGGGAAGAAACAGCGAUGGUGGAGACAUUAAAGCUCGCUAAUGUAAUCCUUGCAACAAAUACUGGUGCUUCACCGGACGGCCCUUUGAAAUUGCUUCCUGAUAAUUAUUUUGAUCUGAUUGUGAUUGAUGAGUGCGCCCAGGCAUUAGAGGCAAGUUGCUGGAUAUCACUGCUUCAGGCUAAAAAGUGUAUUUUGGCUGGCGAUCAUAAACAGCUACCACCCACAAUCAUAUCUCACAAGGCCGCUGCUGAUGGUCUUGCUCUCAGUUUGAUGGAACGUGCAGUUGAGAAGUUUGGUGACUCUGCAGUAAGGAUGCUUACUGUGCAGUAUCGUAUGCACCAUUUAAUUAUGAACUGGGCGUCACAAGCAUUGUACAAUGGGAAACUAGUUGCGCAUUCUUCUGUUGCACAGCAUUUGCUCAAGGACUUGCCCGGUGUGGCACUAACCGAGGAGACCAGCAUUCCGCUGCUAAUCAUUGACACUGCACAUUGUGGGCUGUUUGAAAUUGUGGUUGAAGAUGAACAAUCCAAAGGGAAUCCAGGUGAAGUGCGCCUUGUGGAUUUACACAUUCAGACUUUAACGAACGCUGGUGUUAAAUCCUGUGACAUUGCAGUUAUUUGUCCUUAUAAUCUUCAGGUCGAUAUGCUAAGGCAAUGUCUACGUCAUAGAUAUGCUGAUCUGGAAAUUAAAUCCGUGGAUGGUUUUCAAGGACGAGAAAAAGAAGCAGUCAUUUUUUCUUUUGUGAGAUCCAACAAGAAAGGGGAAGUGGGCUUCCUGGCUGAGGAUAGAAGGAUAAAUGUUGCAGUUACUCGCGCUAGACGCCAUGUUGCUAUUAUAUGCGAUUCUUACACCAUCAGCAACCACAAAUUUCUAAAAGAUCUUGUGACUUAUUUCUCUGAGCAUGGAGAAGUCAGAACUGCUUUUGAAUAUCUUGAGGAUAUUGUACCUGAAAAAUAUUCACAAGAAAAUGAAAAAGAUAAUCAACAGAAAGGCCCAGACUCUGUCAAUAUUAAAAAAACACAUUCUGAUAAGGAAAGAGUGAGCAGACAAAAGGUAUACAGUUUUAACAAGACUAGCAAAGAAGACAAAGUAAAAAUGAAAACAGUUACUUCAAACAAAAGUGUUCAACAGAACUAUAAAUCUGAUGUUCGUGAUGAAAACAAUUCACGUAAAGAAAGUCUGAAGAAUAUGAUUGAAGAUUUUUUGAAGGACAGUCAGAAAACCCAGUGCAAUUUCCCUACAACACUAACAUCUCAUGAUAGAUUAUUGGUUCAUGAGAUAGCGGAAGAAUAUGGUCUACAUCAUGUAAGUACCGGAGAUGGGGUAAACAGAUAUGUUUCUGUUUCCAAAACCAGAGCAAUUUCAGCAGAUACGCAGUCCCCGAAAGUGGAUGCUUCUGAAUCAGAGAAAAAAAGCCAAUUACCCGUUACAGUUAGUGAUAGCCAGAAAGCUGACGUAAGCUGCAGUUCGCAUUCGGGUAAAGUUGACUUAAAAGCCUUACACAUGGAAAAACUUGAAAGGGAAAAGGCAAUACGUGCGGAACAAGCCAGUAAAAAACAAGAUUGUCCUGCUCAAAAAGCAGUGGAAAAGAAGAAAGACACUAGACGUAAAACCACUACUAAUGCUACAGCAGCCAGUUCGGAAUCAGAAAACUUUGAUGAAUUAAUUGCGGCAGCAGUGAGAGCAGACAGCACGUGCGGUUUCACUAAAUGCAAAGCAAGCGUUAUCACCGUGGGAGAUUAUUGCAAACAUUGUAAUAAACGAUUCUGUCUGAGUCAUCAUAUUCCAGAGGUUCAUGGAUGUGGAGAAAAAGCUAAAGCCAACGCACGUGCGCGGAUCAGCCGUGAAGGAGUUAUUUAUUCCGGAAGUGGAAGUAAAGACCAUUCAUUAGACCCAACAAAAAAAGCUCAUUUACAGAGGAGACUGGAUAAGAAAAUCAAUGAAUUAACCAAUCAGAGAAAACUAAAAAAGAAGGAAAAUUAAUGUGUAAACUAAUAAACAUUCUAUCUGGGACAGAUGUUUUGUUUUAAAAACUGAUUUUUACGCUGUUUGUCUCAGACCUGAAAAUUCUGUAAUUAUGUGGCUCUGAAAUACUGGAUUUCAAAUGUGAUUUCUAACCAAACAUUAAAGGAGCACGGAAAUCAGAAAUAAAAUAUUAAGAUUCAGAUAAAGCAUUUAAUUAAACAAAGUCAUUGUCACAAA